CAUUUUCAUUCAUUCUCUUUUGAAUCAACAAACUUGUGUUGCAUCUAAUUCCUUUUCUCAUUCUAAAAAAACUUCAUAAUGUUGAAAUCAUUGACAUUAUUGGUUCUCAUCUUGUGCACCACUCUUGUUGUAACUCACUCCCGAGUUAUUGAACCAAAUGAUGCUAAUACAGUCCGACAAACUUGUAGUAAGACUCCAAAUUCUGCAUUGUGCAUUCAGUACCUAAAUGCAGACCCAAAAAGCUCCACCGCAGAUGUGAAUGGUUUAGCACUAAUAAUGGUUAAUGUUAUAAAGAGCAAAGCAAACAUUGCAGUAAACAAAAUCAAUCAACUUAAAGGAAGUAUUCCUCCCGCUCAAAAGGUAGCACUUAAGUCUUGUGCUGAUAAAUACAAUGCAAUUUUGGUAGCAGAUGUUCCACAAGCAACCGAAGCUUUGCAAAAAGGAGACCCUAAGUUUGCAGUAGAUGCUGCAAAUGAUGCUGCUAUUGAAGCCAAUGGUUGUGAGAAUGGCUUCUCUGGAAAAUCACCACUCACAGCUGAAAACAAUGUAGUGCGUGAUGCAUCUGCCAUAACAUCAGCUAUAUGUAGAUUGUUGCUCUAGUUUGUUUAAUCAAAAAAUUUCAAUAAAAUUUAAAUAAAUAUUAUACAUAUUUUUCAAGAGACUAAA